GGUGGGAUUUCUCCAAAGCUUCCGUGCUGACUAACGCAACUAAGCGAUCGACGUGAUCAUGUGGCGUCAGUUGGUGCUGGUCAGUCAUUAGUGUCGCAUUAGUUGUGUGAGCUCCGGUUCGGUGUGAGAGCUCCGCAUGUGGGGAAAAAAUUUUACGAAAUAUUCACGAAGAAGGAAUUCUGCUUUGUUAGUUUUGCGGGGGGAAUUUUCAGGGAACACCGUGCCGGGAUUUUUCAUCAAAUCCCACAGCAAAAUCCCUCCAGAUUGUGAAUUUAUCUUCUGACACAAAUAAAUUCGUUGGUGAUAAUUCCGUGAUAACCUCCUAAACUGUUAUGCUUAUGGGUAUUGUAAUAUGUGAUUGAACAGUGCGAGUGGUCACAGUGUGCAGCACCGUGCGGAAUGCAAAAGAGUGCUUAAAGAUUCGAAGGUCUUCAGCAAUUGUGGCUAUAUCCAUCCCAUUUAUUGAGUCAAAAAGCGAGACACAUUGACUCUCUUUUUUGGAAUUUUUAUUGUUGUACAUUUUUUGUGUAUUUAGUACGAUAAAGGCGCAACAUUUGUGGCACACCAACUCAGUUCUUUGCCUGAACGCAAGAAGAUCAGUCACAAUGUGGACGAAUGUGCUCCUUCUAUUUUUGUGUGCAAGUGCUGUGGUGUCCUAUCGCAUACAGAGCCCUAUCGUUGAGGUCUGUCCACAGGCCCUUAGGGUCUCGAUCCCCGAUAGUCCGGGUGUGCAGUUGUUUGCCUUCCAUGGGAAUAUAAAUCACCCCAUUGGGGAAACCGAAGCUGGGCUCAUGUCCAAAGAUGUAACCCGGAAGACAACAGGAAGGUGGGUGUUCGAGACCACCGCAGAAUCCUUCACAUUGGGCGAUACAAUCAACUACUGGAUCUACGUUCAACAUCGCGGGCUCGGUUAUCGCUCAGACGUCAUGAAAUACACAAUUAAUGCUUUCAGCAAUAGAUGCGAAGCUUUCGAAGUUGAUUCGUCUGAGGAGGAAGUUCAGGUGGAGACCCAGAAGUUCGGACGGAGACGCAUAAAGGGUGAGAAUUCUAGUCACUACCAGCACCAUUAUCACCAUCACCAUCACCAUGAAGAUGAGGGCAACAGGCGCUUCGGGCACGGUCACUACGGUUGGCGACCACCGACCUUUCCCUCAGCACCUUCCUUCCCAGCACCACCUAAUUAUCCAAAACCCCCAACACCGUUCCCCUUUCCAACAGGCCCAUCUGGGGUGUGCUUCUGCGACAAGGAAAUCCAGAAGGUGAAUGAGAAGCUAAGUGAGACACGUCAACAGCUACAGGGUGCCAUUAAUGUAACUGAGAGGAUUAAAGAAGACUUCGAAUCACUCAAUGAUGUCCUCGGGCAGAUGCUGGAGAAACUCAACUACGGCAGGAAGCUUCUGUUGACUGGAGUCCUUCCACCUGGUGACAAUCCCUAUGAGCUAAUCAGAACCAUUCUAACUGACAAACUGGACUUGGAUGAUUUAAAACUGAGAAUCCUGAAUGCUACGACAACCGUUCACGGAGCGAUCCUCUUCGAGAUGACCUCAACAACGGACAAAUUCAGGAUUCUUCUGCGAUCGAAACGUCUCGAGAGGUCAAAGAUUCGCAUAAUUAACUAUCAAGAUGAUGAGAAUGAAAUCUUCCCGGUAUCAUCAUCACCAGCACCCAUCAUUGACGGUCCCGAUCCCGCCAUAGAUGUCCGUUUUGGGGAAAGUUAAACUGCCUUCGCAUAUGUACGUUACACUUCCUCAAAUGAAACUCAUUUUGCCGUAAUGUUUGCAUUUUAUCAUGAAUGAAUUAUAAUGUAAUUUAAGACAAUUUAAAUGUAACCAGUUCAUCCUCAAAAAAAGAAAAGAGAAAAAAGAGAA